GGGAGGUAAGGGGUUUGCGGGAGGUUGCCCCGGGGGCGUCAGGCCCUGACGGGCUUUGUGGGCUGGGCGCUGAGCCCGCGCGCGGGAGAGGCGCACGGUUUUUCUGUGUGAGUGGAGAAGACAGUUGCUGCACGUAGAAGUGACACAGCAUUUUUUUAGGAUGUCUGAAGAUGAAGAAAAAGUGAAAUUACGCCGUCUUGAGCCAGCUAUCCAGAAAUUCAUUAAGAUAGUAAUCCCAACAGAUCUGGAAAGGCUAAGAAAGCACCAGAUAAAUAUUGAGAAGUAUCAAAGGUGCAGAAUCUGGGAUAAGUUGCAUGAAGAGCAUAUCAAUGCAGGACGUACAGUUCAGCAACUCCGUUCCAAUAUCCGGGAAAUGGAGAAACUUUGUUUGAAAGUCCGAAAGGAUGAUCUAGUACUUCUGAAGAGAAUGAUAGAUCCUGUUAAAGAAGAAGCAUCAGCAGCAACAGCAGAAUUUCUUCAACUCCAUCUGGAAUCUGUAGAAGAACUUAAGAAACAAUUUAAUGAUGAAGAAACUUUAUUACAGCCUUCUUUGACCAGAUCCAUGACUGUUGGUGGAACAUUUCACACUGCUGAGGCUGAAGCUGACCCUCAGAAUAUGACUCAGGUAUAUGCAUUGCCUGAAAUUCCUCGAGAUCAAAAUGCUGCAGAAUCAUGGGAAACCUUAGAAGCGGACUUAAUUGAACUUAGCCAACUGGUCACUGAUUUCUCUCUCCUAGUGAAUUCUCAGCAGGAGAAGAUUGACAGCAUUGAAGACCAUGUCAACAGAGCUGCUGUGAAUGUUGAAGAGGGAACCAAAAACUUGGGGAAGGCUGCAAAAUACAAGCUGGCAGCUCUGCCUGUGGCAGGUGCACUCAUCGGAGGAGUGGUGGGGGGUCCGAUUGGCCUCCUUGCAGGCUUCAAAGUGGCAGGAAUUGCAGCUGCACUUGGUGGUGGGGUGUUGGGCUUCACAGGUGGAAAACUGAUACAAAGAAAGAAACAGAAAAUGAUGGAGAAGCUCGCUUCCAGCUGUCCAGAUCUUCCCAGCCAAACUGACAAAAAAUGCAGUUAGAAACCAAACUUCAGUAUUAUUGGCGCCAAUGUGUUUAUCCUAAUGAGGACCUUUGCUGCUGUUGGACACUCAGUCGGCUUUUGGAACAUGAUCAUAUCAAGAUAGUGGUUGUAGAUGCCAAAAUGGGAUUGAACUGUGAUAAAUGGAUAUAUUUUGUUGUUUGCUGGAGUGUGAAUGGAGAUGUUAGACAUUGAGGAGCCUGGGCUGAGGGUGUGUAAUGUUGUCAGGUAAAGUUUAAAGACUGCCAAGGAGCAGAUUUUCUGCCUGGAAAUGUGAAAAAUGAAUUUAUAACUUUGAUAAAGACUCGAGAUGUAUGGACAUGAUGGGUUAUGGAAGAUUAGUCUAUUCCAUAACCCUGACUUAGAGACCCUAAGGCUAAGUGUGUUAUAAAUAUGCUUAUCUAUCUCCUAAAUGUAGGAGGUUAUGUAGGCCUGCUAACAACAAAAAAGAAUGGGGAGUUCAGGAGCCUUUCUUACCAGAUAAGGAAAUCAGGAUCUAGUGAGGGGCACAGGAGAAUUACAUAAUGGAGUCCAUUUGGUGGACCCUAGUACAGUUUGGUCCACCUGUAUUUUCUGGUGAAGGAUACUAAUAGUGUAAGAAAAUGGAAAGAGAGGUGCAACUUCUCUUUGAGAUAGCUUAAUUUGUGACACUGGCUUCUCAAGUGAUAGGAGACUAUUAAGCCAGUCACUAAGCUUGGUCUGUGAGCCUGUCUCUUAACACCUCAAAGACCUAGUGCCCUCUGCCUUCCCUCCCUUGUAAUUCUGAAAAGUUCUUUGACUUUGUGGGGUGAAUUCUACCCAUGUGUAAUGAGGACUUUUCUCAUAAUCUGCUUUCUUGUAUUGUCUCCCAUCUAUGUUUAUCCUUUCUUAUAACCUCUAGGUUACAGAGAGAAAGGAAGAGAAAUCUCCGAACAUAUUCAACAUUGUUAGAGUUUGAGGUAAAAAAUAAGCAGAGGGCAGAGGGACACCAGAUCAUUUCUUGGGGCAUCAAUUUCAAGAGACUGACGUACCAGCCUUACAGGGAGUCUCUGACCCUAAGUCUUUUCAGCUAGCCCUUUGGGGAGCUAAGAACUAGCUUUCUACCUCACUUCUGUUACUACCAUCCUUUUCUCCAGGCUUUGCUGUCUCAUGCUUUACUUUACUUUUCACAGCUGUUAUUUCUUCCCAAGAAUGGCGUUCUUGUCUUUUCUCACAUUCAAGAUGAUAGACAAAGCCUGGUGCCAAGACUGAUCCUGAUGAAAGAUUUGUGGUGCUAAGCCCAACACUUCACACUGACAGCAAGCAUGGCCCAGCCCACCCCAGCGUCUAUCUCAAGUAGCAAAAAGGUUUUAAUUUUGUGAAAAAAGAAUUGAAAAUCACAGGUAGCCUCAUCCUAUAUCCCCAAUUCAUUUGAAGUAGGAAGGAGCCACCUUUUGCCUUAAUCUUUACUGUUUUCUGAGAGCAGAGGAAUGGGCACCUGUACCACAAAAUGUGUGAGCUCAGGAGCCAGAUUCUUCAGGUGGUUGAAUGGCUGGUUUAUCACUUCUCCCUUAUUGAGUUUACUCUUAAUAAUUUUUGUUGUUUGCUUGCGACUUUUACUUGUCUAAUAUAGGCAGACCUUUCUCUCUCACACUUUUUUGACUCUCACGAAUGAAUUCUAAUGAAGAGAAAGCACCAUUUCUUACUGGCAUUAAAUAACUGGAAAAUAUCAAGUAUUGCUGUGUGCUGACUUGUAUCUUCAGUAUAAUGCCAGGAAGCAGGUGCUUUGAAGAAGUGUCAGAUUCUGAUGCAGUAUUUGAUAUUGGAUACCUGUAAGGUUAGGAUAAUUAGUUUGGAACCCACCUUUUAAAAUAUUUUCUGAUCUUUGCUGUCCCUUUAACACAAGGUUUUCAGACCAGAAUGAGGAUCAGACUCAUCCAGGUUGCUUAUUUAAAACAAGAUUGCUCAACGUCAGUCCCAUAGGUAACUCUAACAAUGGCCAGUCUGGCCUGGAGCUAAAAUUCUAAAUUUAAGGUCUAGUUACAUCAAGACUCAGCUGUAUCACUGAAUUCUGUAAUUUCUAAGUAUUCUCCCCUUCAACAUGGCCCAGUCUUCAUUGUCCUGUAUCAUUCCCACUCCACCAGCCCACAAUUGGCUAUGCUUUUUAGCCCACCAUCUUUUUUUUUUUUUAAGGUUGAUUUAUUUAUUUUAGAGAGAAAAAGCGUAAGCGGGAGGGGCAGAGGGAGAGGGUGAGAGUCUCAAGCAGACUUCACACUGAGCACGUGGAGCCCGAUGCGGGGCUUGAUUCCACGACCCUGAGAUCACGACCUGAGCCAAAACCAAGAGUUGGACUCUUAACCCACUCUGCCACCCAGAACCCCCCUACCCUUAGCCCACCAUCUUAAUGGCACUAGGACUCACUAUCCUGUCACGCUAGUUUUACACUGGGAACUGGAGGGGAGAGAAGGCCUGUAACUGAAGUUUACGUUUCGUGUGAGGACCUCUCAUUUUUCAUCAGCAGUUUGGGACACCACUGUAUGUGCUCAUAUAGGCCUUUGAUUUUGACCACUCAUCAGGAUUGGAUGUUAUUCCAGCAGUCUUCACGCUCAGGCAAAUUGCAGUCCUUUUAAAAAGUUUUAUAAUUUAAAAUCAUUUAGAAAUUGUAUCUAAUUUCCCCAUAGUAGAAUCUGAUAACUUUUUGUAGAAAUUUGUAGAAGUGUUUAAUCAACUAUAAAUGAUAUACCUAAAACUACAAAGUGUUUAGAGGUAUGAAUUAGUUAAUAUAACACAGAAACCAAUCUUAAACUGAAUUAAUGCCCUAGGGUAUCAGAUUAAAUUCAUCUUCUUUGUGAUUCAUGUCUUACUUUUACUAGAUUCAAGUUAGAAGGUAAGGGUCACUUUGAUCAAGUUCUUAAAAUUUACAGAGGUACAAACUUCCAGUUAUAAAAUUAAAUCACGGGGUGGAAAGUAUAGAAUGUUGGGGGGGUGGAAUACAGAGGUUAUUUGAAUAAAGGCAGUGCUUCCUAAAGACCUUUUUUGUUUUUCUAAAGACUUUUUGAUAUAAUAAUCUGAGAAUUUCUCUGUAGAGCAGAGACUUUGAAACUGUAGUUGUAACCCACAGUAAAAAAUGCGUUUAUAUCAAAACUCAGCAUAUGUAUAAUGGAGAAUACCAUUAUGUGUAGUGUACUCUGAUGUUUUUUAUUUCAGUUUUUAAAAUAUUGCUGGUUGCAACCUACCAAAUUGAUUUCAUAAUCUACCAAUAGGUUGUGACCCUUAGUUUGUUUAAAAGAAGAAAACACCCUGUGGAGGAACUGAUGUUUAUUGCAUAUCUUCUGUUUUCCAGGCACUUCAGUAGGCAUUUCACAGGUAAGGAAACUGAGUCUCAGAGAAGUUAAGUGACUUACAGAGGGUUAUUCAGCUGUAAAAGGUUGAAACAAGGUGGGUGUUAACUAGGUCUCUUGGACUAUAAAAAUCUCUGUUACUCUCAUACUCUGCUACUUCUGUAUAUAAAAUCGAGGUAGGCCAUUCGUCCGGCUUCACCCCGACACUGGUAUGUUCUAUAAGGCAGGCUUGCAGUGAAGUUACAUGUGCCAUUUGUUUGCAGCUUUUUUUUUUUUUAAAUCUUUUGUCCCAAAGUGUCCUGCAGCCCCAAAGUUUUUAAUAGCGGCUGGUGCAGAAGUACCUAGUGCUGAAUUGUCCUUAGACUGUAAAAUUAAAAAUGUUUCCAUCCCACCUACACAUCCUACAAAUUCCUUUGUAUUCCAUGGGUUAUAGCCAUCUCUUCAGCAGUGCUUUUUUAUAUUAAAAAUCUACUGUUUUAAAAAAUCUAUCAUAACUCAUAGAAUGAAAUGAUUACUGUCUUUUAAAAUGGUACUCGUGGGAAGCCACGUACUUACUGUAGUGACGCUAGUAUUACUUAGAACAUUUUUUAAACUUUCGGAAUUGCCUCCAAAGACAUUUCGCAAACCGCAUAGAAGAGCCAUCUCAGUGUUGAUUAGUCACAGGUUACACUCCCUUGUCCUUGUGACCUCCCCUCUUUUCCAUUCUCGGUUUUGCUUUUCUUCUCCUGGCUUAGCUCUCCCACCCACCUAUGCUGGAGCCAGUAACCUGAGGUGCCCAGAAAGGGGGUACGCUGGCCAGAGUUCCUGGAGCGAGAACUUUCAUAGUGAAGCCGAAUGCUGUAAAGGGAGGAUCCUGCAAGUCCAAAAACCUUCCUCUGUGGGCUGCCUGUAAGUGUCGUAAGUAGUUUGCACAGGAGUAAGGACCCGAAUACUGGUGAUAUCAAUCCCAGGAAGGUGAGGAAACCUGAAAUGUAAGUAUGUAAUGUACAGCAUUUCUCAGCAGUGAAGAACAGAAGCCAAACCAAGCCAUGCUUUAUGUUCACUUAAAACUGAAAGGUGUUUCUCAGGGUCUCCUUUGCCCUUCAUUGCUGCCACAUAAAAUCUGGGAGGAAGGAUGAUGAAAAGCCUGGGGAAAAGGUUCUCCUGUGAAAUGGACGUGUUCUUCUCUUGUAUUAAAGUACAAUGUGGCUUUGGCUCUCAGGUACUUAAGAAUGUUAGACAGUGUUCGUAAGCAGUCAUAGGACUAAUAAAAGGUAGGAGAGCUUCCCUGGAAGCCUAAGUUAAUGUAAACAA